CUGACUGAGGCAGAAACCAGAAUAUCCGACGCCGAGGACACCGUACAGCAAUUGGCCCGCGACCGCGAACUACACAGCCAGCGAAUUGAUGCGCUGUGGAGCCGCAUAGAAGAUUUAGAGAACAGAAGCCGUCGUAAUAAUAUUAGGAUGUUGGGCUUGAGAGAGGGCAGCGAAGGGGACGACAUAAAGGCAUGCAUUGAAAAGAUCCUAACUGAGGGCCUAAAGAUUGUCAUUGAUGGUGAAUUUGAAGUGGAGAGGGCGCAUCGUUCUCCAGCCGCACGCCGAGAUGAGGACCAACCCCCGAGAGUGCUCAUGAUCCGGUUUUUGCGCAGCUCUGGAAGAGAUAAAGUUCUCAAAGUGGCGAGGGAGAAGAACGGAGCAACUUGGAAUGGGUGCAGACUUUCGUUUUUCCCUGACAUGUCGAAAAGUCUGGCUGAUAAAAGAAAAGCCUUCACGCCGGCCAAACGACUGCUGCACGCAAAGAAGGUGAGAUUCACACUCGCUUUCCCUGCGAUACUGAAGUUUUCCUGGAGGGGGCGGAAACUAAACUUUCAAGAUGCUACGGAGGCGGAGAAAUUCAUCCAGCAACGUGUUACGGGGACGGAAUUCGAGGAGGGAGAUGAUGACGGUGAACAUUAA